UGCCCUUACCCCGCUUGAAGAGCACAAGCUCUCGCUUUCGUAUUCGGAUUCCAGAAUGCUCAAAUUUCUCAGGUUCCUACUUCAAAUUUAAUCCCUCUCGGAUUCAUACUUUCCGUCUCCACUCUCCUUCCUCAAGAAACGAAUCCGCUUCUGGCAUUCUGCAUACAUCCUACUGCAGUUCUCAGAACUAAAUUCUGGGUUGAGAAAGUUAUCAAAUCCCAUACUUUGAUUUGGGGCUACAAUGAUGUACCCUGAUGCACAACAGCAACAGCACCCACAACAUCAGCAGGAACAUCCUCAACAUCAGCAGCAGCAUUUGCAACAACAUCAGCAGCAGCAUCUGCAACAACACCAGCAACAGCAUUUGCAACUACACCAGCAACAUCAGCAGCAAGGUGGAGAAUUUCAUAGAGGCCCGCCGCCACCGGCCCUAAUGAUGCGUCAGCCGUCGGCUUCUUCAACUAAUAUGCCCCCAGAGUAUCACAACCAACCUGGGCUCGCUCCUCCUUAUGAUGCUCAUGCUGACAGUUUUCCUGGAAAAAGGAUGAAAAAGCUUACACACAGGAGGGCAGUUGAUUAUACUAGCACUGUAGUGCGAUAUAUGCAGAUUCGAAUGUGGCAGCGCGAUGCAAGGGAUAGAACGGUAUUGCAACCCACACCUGCAGCAGCAAUUGAUAUGUUGCCGUCAGUUGCCUACUUAGAUAAUCCAUCCACUAGCUUUGCUGCAAAGUUUGUACACACUUCUUUAAACAAGAAUCGUUGUCCGAUUAAUCGGGUUUUGUGGACUCCUACAGGAAGACGUCUUAUUACUGGCUCUCAAAGUGGGGAAUUCACUCUUUGGAAUGGACAAUCAUUUAACUUUGAAAUGAUUCUUCAGGCUCAUGAUCAAGCAAUCAGGUCUAUGGUGUGGAGUCAUAAUGACAAUUGGAUGGUCUCUGGUGAUGAUGGCGGUGCAAUAAAGUAUUGGCAAAACAACAUGAAUAAUGUAAAGGCAAAUAAAUCUGCUCAUAAAGAAUCUGUUCGCGACUUAAGCUUCUGCAAGACUGACUUGAAAUUCUGUUCCUGCUCCGAUGAUAAUACUGUUAAAGUUUGGGACUUUGCACGGUGCCAAGAAGAGCGCACACUGACUGGCCAUGGUUGGGAUGUGAAGAGUGUUGACUGGCACCCUACUAAAUCUCUACUAGUUUCAGGUGGGAAAGACAGUCUUGUUAAACUUUGGGAUGCUAAGUCAGGGCGAGAACUCUGUUCGUUUCAUGGCCAUAAAAAUAUGGUGCUCUCGGUUAAAUGGAACCAAAAUGGUAACUGGGUGCUAACUGCUUCGAAGGAUCAACUCAUCAAGGUUUAUGACAUAAGGGCCAUGAAAGAACUUGCAUCCUUCCGCGGGCAUCGAAAGGAUGUGACUGCUCUGGCUUGGCAUCCGUUUCAUGAAGAAUAUUUUGUUAGUGGGAGUUUUGAUGGAUCCAUUUACCAUUGGAUUGUUGGGCAUGAAACUCCCCAGGUUGAAAUUCCCAAUGCACAUGAUCACAGUGUGUGGGAUCUUGCAUGGCAUCCUAUCGGUUAUCUUCUCUGCAGUGGUAGCAAUGAUCACACUACGAAGUUUUGGUGCAGAAAUAGGCCAGGAGAUACUGGUCGUGAUAAAUCUAACACCAGCCAAAAUCAAGGUUAUGGUGAGCAAAACCCUGCUUUUGGUGGUCGCAUGACUGGUAAUUUUCCAGUACCUGAAGGACCACCAACUCCUGGACCCUUUGUUCCUGGGUUGACUCGAAAUGAAGGAACUAUUCCAGGUGUUGGAGUUGCUAUGCCGUUAUCUCUUGAUGCAUCAAAUCAGGGGGAGCAACAGCAGCCUCAUGCACUUUCGAUGGCGUUAGGUGCUCCACCUCUCCCGCCUGGUCCACACCCGUCUCUUCUUGCUGUGAAUCAGCAGCAACAAUAUCAGCAAAUUCCUCAACAGAUGCCACAACACCAACACCAACACCAAGGUCACCCGCAACAAAUGCCCCCUAUGUCUAUGGCACCUCCAAAUAUGCCACAUUUGCAGCCUCCAUCCCAUUUACCCUUGCUGCCACAUCCUCAUUUACAUCGACCGCCACCCCAAAUGCCACCACUUGGUAUGCCAUCUUCAGGGCCUGUAUCUAUGCCUUCAUCUGUUCCUACCUCACAUUCAAUGCCAAUGGGAAUUCAAGGUACAAUGAAUCAGAUGGGUCACCCAUUGCCACAAGGUCAUUUUAUGGGCAUGAACCCAAUGCACUCGGGAUCUCUGCCUACAAGUGGAGGUUUUCCAAAUGGUAUGCCAAACAUGCAGGGCGCAACAAAUGCAAGUGGAGCUCAAAUGUAUCCUCAGGGUGGCGCCUUCAAUCGGGGUCAGCCUGGGCAAAUGUCCAUGCAUCCGGGGUAUCCUUAUCAGUCUAGGGGUCAAUCUGGUAUGCCCCAACCUCCACCGGGGCCACCACUGCACGGGCAAACACCUCAGUAGACCAUUUUAUAUCGGCCUUGACUUUAAUCCUCCCGAUCUCCUCUCUCCUUUCUCCCCACCCUCUCUUCAGGCCAGCUUGUUUACAUGUAAAUCCUGUCAUACGGCUUGGUAGGUUUUUCCUUCGGCAUAGAAUUUAAUCAUUGAGAUAACUUGGUCGAGCAAACAGAAAUGUUGCACUUGGCGUUGUGCGUCUGCAGGUGGUUUUCUAGUCUGCCAUCAAAUCCCAGGUUAAACCCGGACAGAGUGGAAGCUCCUCCUAAGAUCUACGUCUUCUGUUCGUUUUUUUGUUUAUGUACUGCGGCCUAGAAUCGACUCAAUUGAGAUAGCUUGCUUGAGCAAACAAGAGAUUUUAUUUAAAUUGUCUUUAAGGCAAUUUUUGGCCUCAAAGUGGCGGCGCUAAGAGAGAUUCCGGACACUGUAGAAUGUGCCAUCCAAAUUUUGGCAAGUAUUUGCUAUGUUGUGACCUUGCUCCAAGUACCCCAAUGAACUCCUUUCUGAGU